ACCAGACAAUGUUGAAGAGCUACUACGGAAUGUGAGAAAUGUGGCAUAAGUAUUCCUUGAAUCCUCCUCACUUUCUCAUCCUCCCUUCCUCAGAACAGAUUUCCCUUUUCACAUAUUGAGUCUAAUUGAAGCUCUUAAUGGUAUCCAAGGUUCUAAUUUACGGGCUUUGCGCCUUGACUCCUUACCUUGGAAUAGUUGCCGGUAUGUGUGACCGGAGCCUGCUCAUCUCCCCCAUUCUGAUCAGAAAUAGCUGUCACUGGUCCACACUACCUCAACACAACCAGCACAACACGCACCGCUUCUCUCGCUCCCACAACCACAUUUGAAAUUCCGGCAGUCCCUACCGAUGUAAUCACAGCUCCUGAUCAAGGCGAGGUCCCUUCACAGGUGGAUUCUGGUCAAGAAGCCUCACCAACUCAAGAUGCCCAACCGCCUCCAACAUCUGAACCUCCAAGUCAAAUCGACGACCCGGAUUCAGAAUUGCCUUUCGACCCAGACGAUGACACCCAACAGUCAGAUGGAGUUGCUCCCAUCCCCGACACGGACUCCGACUCGCCAGCCCCAAAACUACAAGUUCCCCCAGGCUCAUCGGGAGACCCAUCUGAGAUGCAAGAUGAAGUUCCAUCAAGCACAGAGCCCGAUCCAAUGUUUGCUGAGGGUGACUCUGAAGAUCUGGACACCAUGCUAGUAUCAGAUGGCACUGUUGAGUUAGUCGACAGUACUGGAAGCACAAUUGAGCUUGUUAUCGACGCCGUACCCUCGGAGCCUGUCAUUGGUGUCGACCCAGAAGGAACCUUUGUUCUGCUCCCAGGGGAUGAUUCCGACCCUGCCACUGAAGAGUCGUUUACCAUUAUUCCGAGUCCAGGUCCAAAUCCAACAAUCAGUACUACCCGAACUCUUCCAGGUCGUGUGACGAGUUUAUCGAGUGGGCUAGGCGUUGUUCUGCCUGGCUCGACCCUGGUUCCAGUCGAUCCAUUUUUGCCUGCUUUGACGGGGAGCACUACCGUCAUCAGCGGUCAGACUUUCGUCGAAGUUGCAAAUCCAACAACUGUACCUCUUGUCCGACCAUCACAACCCUCUGCUACCAACACGAUCACUGCUACUCUGCCAGGACGAAUUACCUCAGUCUCUGGAUCUUUGAUCGCUGUCAUCUCAACCCCAACUACAGUGCCCGUCAACACCUUCCUACCAGACCUCGAAGGCAGCACGACAGUCGUCAGCAGCCACACAUUUGUAAUAAUAUCUCAACCCACAACCCUAGCCAUCUCUGUACCAAAACCAAGUUCACACAACCACAUUACGACUCCUCUCCCAGGCCGCACCACAAUGAUAUCUGGGACAUUGAACGUCGUUCUCCCUGGCUCCACAAGAGUUCCCGUCAAUGAGAACCUGUCAGGUUUAAACGGGAAGACGACUGUAAUUGGCUCUCAAACUUUUGUGGAUGUGGCAAAUCCGAUAACCGUACCGGUGAAUUUCACUCAUUCCAGUUCUGCAGAGCCCACAGGUGUACCCAGUGGAACUGACUCUGUUGAACCAUUCGGCGAUGAGCCGAAAUCAAAUGGAAUGAUGGUUUCGAUUGGGAGGUGGGACUUGGUGGUAAUAUUCGGCGGUAUAGUAUUUAUGGUUGGGAUAUGGUGAGCUUGCCACUGUGAAGGAGGGUGCGUCUCUUACUACUUUUCGAGGACCAGAAAGCGAGAUUAAAUAGAGAGUGUGCGGUCGUUAGAGUCCUCAUCGUUAGUUUUCGUGGUUUAGAGUAAGUAUAGAGUUCAAAAAACUCGUAAUGAUAAAUCGUAGUGAAAGCUGAGCCUUCAUGCAUCUUGCGGGAAGUGUCUCCACAUAAUCAUGGCUUGUUUGUUUGCAUUCGCUUGAUUCAGGGGCACCAAGCAAAGAGGUCCUUCUAAGCGACCAACCAUCCACCAACACUCAGGGGUGGAGCUUCACUGACCCUUGACAGCAACUGUGCAUUUAUGAUUAUUGCUCAAACUCUAUUCUCCUCCCUCUCAUUGUCGUCUUGUAUUUCAGCUGCUACAAAUCUACUCUUUACCAGAAUCUUUUCUGUAGAGUUCCAACUACUUCGAAACCAUAUGACAUGAUUGGCAUGGCUUUGACGUGAAGCUGCUGGUCAGAAAGUAUGAUAAGA